CCGUAUUUGCCCUCACAACAAACCAAAAUUACAAAUCCCUCUUCCCAUUGGUCAUUGCUUCCCCCAUCUUCUUCUUCCCUCUCUGUCUCUUUGAUCUAAAGCCGCCAUUAACGACUAAAAUCCUAGUUCCCUCACCGACGACAGCAACAACAACAUCAUAAAGUUUCGCACAUAACGAUGCUGUUGUUGUUGUCGCCGCGUUUCUAACAAGGAAGACAGUGAAAAAAGAAUAGGAAUAAAAAAUGAGGUCUUCUUCUUCGAACACGAUCAACAUCGCCGCCAGCACACAGAGACUCGAUGUCGAUAAUCGAAUCGGCCUGCGACUCUAUUAUCGCAUCGCUGAUAACAUCCUCAGACAGGCUGAUAUCUUUCGGACAGAGAGGAAUAUUAUUGACUUAUAUGUCAUGCUCCUAAGAUUUUCUAGUUUGGCAUCCGAGACAAUACCACGACACCGAGAUUAUAGAACAUCUCCACAAAGCAAAAAAGAAUCAUUGAAAAAGAAAUUGAUAAUUUCCAUGAAUGAAUUGGAGAAGUUGAAACCAUUGGUACAACAGAAGAUCAAUGAGCUUAACAGUAGACAUUCUUACCAACAAAAUGAGCAUGGAAAAUUUCAUUCAAAUAAUUUAAUGGAUUUUUCUCCAGUGAAAAAGCAAACUGUGGGCAGUUAUGGCCAAAUAAAGACAGUCAGACCAACUGCCAUGGAAUUUGGUUACCAAGGAUCAAGGACCCAACAGUUCUCUUAUACCAGGCCUGUCCAACAGCAUUUGCAAAGACGAUCUCUAAAUCUUACGCCUGCAAAGGAGGAAACUCGCUCUAAACAUUCUUUCCUUGGUCCCAACGGGCUUAAUGGGCAUUUGCGAUUACCUACAAGCGAUAAAGGGGUCAGAUAUCCAUCUAUCACAGAUCUAUCUCCAGUUGAAAUACCAAGCCUACAACAUUCUUUGGAAGACGGAUGUCGUAAUAAAAAAGACAAUAGCAUCACAGAAAACAAAAUAUCAGAUUUAGAUUCAAAUCUUGCCCAGAGCGUGGAAUGCAAGACCCAGCCUUCUGAGGAACCUCCUUCUCUCAUCUCUUUUGAAGAAUCUGAAGCCCCUGCUCAAAUCGGGGUUAAAGAAUCUCCUUCUCUGAUCUCUUUUGAAGCAACAAAACCCCCUGCCCAAAUAGAAGUUGUCAGACAGCCUUCUCCUCCACCUGUACUUGCUGAAGUACAGGAUUUGGUCCCUGCAGUGUCACCACAUGUUGACGAGGCAGGAUGCAAGGCAGAUAUUCCGUCAUCAGGUGGUUAUGUUCAUGCUGAGUCGCCUCUGCAGCUGCACAUUUCAACUUCUAUGAUGGAAAAUUUUAUGAAGCUUGCCAAGUCAAAUACGGACAAAAAUUUGGAGACUUGUGGUAUCCUUGCUGGUCUGCUUAAAAACAGAAAAUUUUAUAUUACUGCUCUAAUAAUCCCAAAGCAGGAGUCAACAUCAGAUUCUUGUCAGGCUACAAAUGAAGAGGAAAUAUUUGAAGUGCAGGAUAAACGAUCUCUUUUUCCCCUUGGGUGGAUACAUACACAUCCUACACAAUCUUGUUUCAUGUCAUCAAUUGAUCUGCACACUCACUACUCAUAUCAGAUUAUGCUUCCAGAAGCCGUUGCAAUAGUUAUGGCACCAAGAGACAGUUCAAGAAAACAUGGCAUUUUUCGGUUGACAACCCCUGGUGGAAUGAACGUCAUCAAACAAUGCCAGCACCGCGGCUUUCAUCCACACAGUCAGCCUCCAGAUGGUUGUCCUAUUUACAACACUUGUACAGAUGUUUACAUGAAUCCUGAUUUAAAAUUUGAUGUAAUUGAUCUUCGGUGAUAAGUGAUAGCAACACUCUUUUUCAUCUUUGUUUGUAUACCAUGUUUUUUCCCUCUUUAUGAAUAUAAGGUUUGCCAUUGCCGUGGCCAUCAUGAAAGCAGGUUUUGGCCAUGUUUGUAUAAGAAGAAAUCUUGCCCUUUUGAUUGUUA